AUGACGCCUCACCCUGUCCAUCAUGACGAAGAAACUAAUCAUGCGGGCAACUGUGAUCAGAAUUCCGAAGCCAGUGUUUCUUUGACCAAUUCAAAAACAAGUCGAUCACCAACCAGCAACAGGAGAAGAAUUCUUGUUCCAGAAACUCAAGAAACUGAUAGCGCCAAGAUUAUGCAGUCCAUUUCCAAGUUUCUAUUGUUGGAUUCAUCUUCUCGGAAAGGAAUUCAAAAGAAGUCAUCUUCAUCAUCCACACUUUCUUCGAAUAAUAAUUACAAUAAUCGAAUUUCAAUUGCAUCGACCGGGCUUGGAAAUGAAAUUGUAAAUUUAACAUCAAAAAAGACCAAUGUCAUUGAGCAAGAAAAUGGUGUAUCCACCACAACUAUGAGCAAUUCUAAUCGUUCGGAAUUGAUUCUAGAAGAAGCACCUGAUGAGAAUGUACCAACUUCUGGCAUACAAGUCCUUCAGAACCUAUUUGAACAACGAUUUCUGGAAAAUCAAAUGGAUCACUUGACUAUGUAA